UAUUGCACCAGAAGUGCCGUUGGUGUUUAUUAAAAGCCAUAAAUUUGGCUCUUUCCAGCAGCGACGCUGCUUGUACAAUGUUUACAAGGUGCAUGUUUUGGCACUGAUUAUCAGUUUUUCGAUUGAAAGGGGUGCAUUAUCAAAGGAAGCCGCUGCUCAUCAGCCUGAAAGUCUUCAAUCAUGACUGAUUAAUUUUUUCUGAUCAAAAUUUUAUGAAUUUUAUGUGAUAAAAGUUUACUAUAUAUUUUCGAAUUAAACACACCGUGACAUUUAGUUUAAAUAAAACAUUAAAUUCAACUUUUCCUCAAUUCAAUAAAAUGGAAAUUAAAAAAAUAAUACAAAGAUUGUAAUAAAGCAAAACAAACAAAAAAAUUUGGAUCAGCAUUAUUUGCCCUGGGCUUUAUUUUAAGUCUGCCAAAAACCCCUGUGUUGACGAAUAGCCAUGAGCACCCCCGGUCGCUCCACCCCUGCGCACGGCUCCGCCCCAAAAGGGCGCAUGCACCCGCACCGUGCGGAGGCCGCUCGGUCGGGGGCAGUUUCAAAAGGGCCGCGAAUCGGCCGGGUCGCGCUCCGGAAUCGACUGCCAUCGCAAAACUCAUGUGGAAGAAGUACAAUCCAAACUAAGCAAGAAUGUUCAGCAUGGAGAACUUGGACAUGGAGCACAGGUCCUACGGGGUCGACUCCUUCGACCUGAUGGAGGCGGCUCUGUACGCAGAAACCACCUCCAGCAGCAACUCGAGUUGCAGUGCCGCGUGCCUCAGUGGCUUCAUGGACGACUACAGCGAUCAGGAGAACGCUUGUAUGGUGCGACGACGACUGCGCAAGCGCAAGUGUCCUCAACAGCAAGUCCAGCAGCGUCAAGCGGCCAAUCUACGCGAGCGCAAGCGCAUGCAGAGCAUAAACGAUGCGUUUGAAGGACUGCGUGCGCACAUUCCCACAUUACCUUACGAAAAGCGGCUGUCCAAGGUGGACACUCUGCGGCUGGCCAUUGGUUACAUCAACUUCCUCUCCGAACUGGUGCGCGCGGACAAGGCGAACGCCAACUCUGAGAAUGGGACAAACGCAAAUGGAACCACCGUGCCCGGACUUUCACACCCGAUCAAAGAAGAGCCAAAGAAAAUUAUAAUUAGAGGCAUUGGCUCUAUCCAACAUUCUCUCUCUUGGACAAACGAUCGCGAAAGAAUCACAAAUGGGAUUAUGUUCGCCAAAGUUUGGACGCCAGAAGACCCAAGGUCGGUUCCUGGAGGUGCACCUACGUCUUCCAAGCACGGCCAGUCGUCACACUACCCAGACUAUAAUGUGGAUUGACAAAUGAGUGCGCGACUUGAAAAUUGAAGACUUCGAACAAAUCUUUCUGGUCAAGGAUUAUUGUAAUCUAGUCUCUCGCUGUGAAUAUUAUGUACUACAAGAAUUGUAAUUAAUCUAUGUCGCUGUUAAUGAU